AUGCUCUUCUCGCUGCGGGAGCUCGUGCAGUGGUUGGGUUUCGCCACCUUGGAGAUCUUCGUGCACCUGCUGGCUUUGUUGGUAUUCUUGGUGUUGCCGGCACUGCGGGUGGACGGCUUGGCCCCGGGCCUCUCCUGGUGGAACGUGUUCGUGCCCUUCUUUGCCGCUGUAGGGCUCAGUGCCUACUUCACCACUAUCGUGUCUGUGCGUCUCUUCCAAGACGGGGAGAAGCGGCUGGCUGUGUUCUGGGUCCUCACGGUGCUUAGCCUCAAGUUCGUUUUUGAGAUGCUGCUGUGUCAGAAGCUGGUGGAGCAGACUCGAGAGCUCUGGUUCGGCCUGAUCAUGUCUCCCGUCUUCAUUCUCCUGCUCAUGAUCCGUGCUUGUCGCGUGAACUAGCCUCGUGCAGGGGCCAGAGAGGGGGCACUGCAUAGCUGAAGUGCCGAAGCUUCCAGUCCUGGCCCAGACCAAGCCACAUCGGAGGAGAGGUCUUGAUCC